AAAAUGAUGAGUCACUGGAGCUCAUGCUGCCAGAGGAUGCGGUGUCCGACCUGGAAAACAGCCCCAAGUUUGUGGAGUCAGAAGACCUGGACUCUCUGCCGAAGAGGCAGUUCAAGACAGCUGAGAUCGCAGAUGCAGUGAUGGGAACCGAAGCUCCCAUCGAUCCAUCCGACAUCGAGUCCCUAUUCCCCAAAAAUGUGAAAGACUUCCAGUCAGGCUUCUCUCCACCUUGUGAUGAGAACAGCGCUCAGUGCGGUUCAGCUGCUCUGGCUGCUAAAGAAGCCUCACAGGAGGACAGCAGCGAAACGUCACAGCAGAUCACUCUUGACAUAGUGCGUGCGGACAUCACGCCAACCGAAGAGCAGAACACCACAGAGACCGCCAAGACGUAUAAGGUCAACUGCGACAAGAGGAACAUCACAGGAAUGGACAUUUUUACUGUGCAGGUCCUCAACGCGUCACAG